AUGACGUCUCUCGUCGGUCCUGUCCGACCCAGUACUUGGCCCGAGCCGAAUUAUGCAAAUCCGGAGACGCGAUGCUCUCUGAUCGUCGGCUUGAUGGUAGCAGAAGGAACAUUGGCAACUCUCUUUUGUGGCGCACGGCUGGUGGCAAAGCACAGAUCAAAGUAUUCAUUAGGUCGGGAUGAUUGGGCGAUGGCAGUAUCAACAGUCAUGAUGAUGUGUGUGAAUAUCUUGGCAUGCAUUUCUGCAAAAUAUGGGUCUGGUUACCAUACAUGGGAUGUCAAGUUCGAAUGGGCUAAGACGUGGGGAAAAGUAAGCUUUGCGACUUUCUUACUGUUCAUUCCAAGUGUUUCCAUGACAAAAAUUUCCCUCUGCAUGUCAUAUCUCAAACUGUUUCCGUCCCGCGCGAAUAAAUGGUUUUGCCUAUCCACCAUUACAUUCCUUAUCCUAUGGUCUAUCACAGUCAUCUUUUUGCUCACGUUUGCGUGCCGACCCAUAGAGGCAUUUUGGGAUCCCUGGAUAAGCGGUUCGAAAUGCCUAAACAUCAAGGUCGUUUUGAUCCUUACGGGAGCUUUGAACAGUCUAACCGACUUUACGGUGUUCCUUUGGCCCGUGAAGACACUAUGGAGUAUCCGUCUUCCCCUUGGUCAGCGGCUUGGGCUUGUUCUGUCAUUUGGAAUCGGCUGCACGUCGGGCGAUCCAUAUUGGGAGUGCACCUGGCUAUGGGUUAUCUUGGGGAUUGAGGGCAACUUCGGUAUUAUCUGCGGAUGCCUGCCUACCCUCAAGCCUCUCGCCAAGCAGAUGUUCCCGCGGUUCUUCAAGAGCAAUAGCGAUCUCGCCAAUUCGUCAUGCGAGCACAAACGUCAGAACGCAUACACUCCAAGCUUCCCUUUCCAGAACAUCACUCUGCAAGAAGACUUUGGCGUAAGAGACGAAAUGAGAACGACCGGAGCAGGAGGACUCUCGGAAAACGAAAGGUUCGCCGCUUGGGCGGCGCGAGCCUCGAAAUACCAUUCGCGUCUCCCGGAGAAUGGGAUCAAGCUUGUACAAACUGUCAGCUUGCAUACGGAUAGCCCACCCGUGCCCAGGAAUAACUUGAUGGUCCCACAGCCUGCGAGAAGCGACUGCGGCAGCGAGGAAUACAUACUCCCCCCGCGUAACGUGUGA